AUGUACAAUCAUCAUAUUCUUUAUUUGACUAUACUUAUAUUGUGUCUAUUCAAUUUCAUAGCAUCAGCUACUCCUAAUUGUCCGGUUGAAGCCGAUCCAACAACAAUUCUUAGUUGUGUUGCUAUUGAUGCUGUUGGUUUAGUUCAAGCAACAAAAGGUAAUAUACGAGGAUUUUGUACUAUGGCUGAACGUUUUAUGGAAUGUCUUAAAACAAAAACAAGAGGAUGUUUUGGUGAAGAUUUCGUACGUGGAUCUCUUUCAGAAUUAAUUGAACUUUCACAAAAAUGUUGUGUAAAUAAAGAGGAAAAGGUGAAUGAAGAAUGUCCAUUUAUUACAAAACCAAAUUGUUUUUCUUUAACUGAUAUGGCAAAAACUUCCAUGGGUACUGAAAUUCUUAUUAAAGAUCUUAAAAUAGGCGAUCAAGUACUUGCUAUUGAUUAUAAUGAUCAAAUAGUUUCAACAGAAAUUAUUUCAUUUUUACAUUAUGAAAAUAAUUCUCAAACUUUUUUUUAUACAUUUACAACUGAAACAGGUCAUCAUAUAUCUUUAACAUCAGAUCAUCUUAUAUUUAUUGGAAAUGGUACAUAUAUUCAAGCACGUUAUGUUAAUCCUAAAUUACAUAAUCUUUAUGUUAUUGGAAAUAAUGGUCAUUUACAAUCAUCAUCUAUUCGUUCAAUUGAUGUUCAACUCAAACAAGGCUAUGCAACACCUAUAACUCAAUAUGGAACCUUGAUUGUUAAUAAUGUUAGUUCAUCAUGUUAUUCAUCUAUUUAUCAUCAUAAUUUAGGACAUAUGGCUAUGGCACCUUUACGUUUAGUUCAUCAUGCUAAACAAAUAUUUGGUAUUGUUAAUAAAAAUGAAAUACCUAAAAAUGGUAUUCAUUGGUAUCCAAAAGCAUUAAAUAAUUUUCUUCAUAUGCUUGGACCUUUAGCAAAUAUAUUUACAACAACUAUGGGACAAAUUUAA